AUGACCACCAAGACCGCCGUCGUCAAGUCCACCGACGAACCGGUGGACGACCCGCUUGAGCACAUGCUGUUGUUCUUCAACCUGAGCAUACGCAAACUGGCGUUCGUUGGCGUGUCUUUGCCACUCAUCACACUGCUGACGUGCCUAGCAACAGCGUACUUUUUCCAGUACGACGACGUGCACGAAACCCAUUGUCGAGUCUACAAUGUGAUACCGUCGAUUAGUGCCAUCACUGGUGUGACGCCCCAGACGUACAUGUGGCGGAUAGCCGUUGCUUUUCACGUUGGACCGCGUAUGGUCAUCGCCCAGGUGUACUACAACUAUUUCAUCAAUCAGGUGUCCAAGGCCGCUGACAAGUCCACCUGUUACAUACUUAUAAAUCUCUGCUACUGGCUCAAUCUCAUUGAAAUAGCCGCCAUCUGUGGCGUAACCUACAUAUCCAACAGAGAAAACUAUCCUGUGCACGAGAAGAUCUUCAUUUUGUUCAUGCUCAGCUCAUUGUUGUACAUGAUUGUUAUGAUUAAGACAUUUAGCAAGGUACACAAAACAAUGACGGAACAUCAGCGUCUGUCGUAUACCAUUAAAAAAAUACUAUUCACUGUUUGUAUCACGUCGACGUUCACAUUAAUAAUUUACUUUAUUAAACAUCGGUUCUACUGCCAUGACUUGGCAUUCACCUGGUUUGCACUCAGCGAGUAUGUCCUGGCAGUAUCAAAUAUGGCUUUCCACUUUACUAUUACACUGGACUUCCCACACGAACAGUUGAUAGUUGCUAAAAACUUUCCAACAUUGAAAACGGACUGA